AUGAGUUUCAGUGGCCCUUCUCUCGGUUCUGGUGGAAGAACUGCCAGAAGGGUAUUCGAAUUUGGAAGAACAUAUGUUGUGAAACCUAAAGGCAAACACCAAGCAACCAUUGUAUGGUUACAUGGCCUUGGUGAUAAUGGUUCAAGCUGGUCCCAGCUCUUGGAGACUCUUCCUCUUCCAAAUAUCAAGUGGAUAUGCCCUACUUCACCUUCUCAACCAUUAACCUUAUUUGGUGGCUUUCCCACAACUGCAUGGUUUGAUGUAAGUGACUUAUCUGAAGAUGCACAUCAAGAUGUAGAAUCAAUGGAUGCUUCUGCAGCACAUGUAUUGAGUCUCUUAUCUACUGAGCCUCCUAAUAUCAAACUUGGUGUAGGAGGGUUUAGUAUGGGAGCAGCAACUGCUUUAUAUUCUGCAACAUGUUUUUCACAUGGAAAAUUUGGAAAUGGAAACUCCUACUCUACUCAUUUGGAUGCAGUUGUUGGCCUUAGUGGUUGGCUUCCAUGUGCAAAGGAUCUGAGUAACAAGGUGGAAGGGGAGGAAGCUGCAAAUCGUGCUUCAUCCUUGCCUAUUUUACUUUGUCAUGGCAAAGCUGAUGAUGUGGUACGCUUUCGUUAUGGAGAGAAGUCGGCACAAAAGCUAACUUCAACCGGCUUCAAAAACCUCACUUUCAAAUCCUAUGACUCGCUUGGACACUAUACGAUUCCUGAAGAGAUGGAUGAGGUUUGUUCAUGGCUAACUUCAAAAUUGGAGCUGGAAGUUGGGAAAAAUUUGUAA